GCGCGUGCCAUAUCCGGGUUGGUAGUUUCUGUCAUGGCCGACGACGGGCGGCGGGGGGGGAAGUACAGGUCUGGAUACCGCUGAGGGAAGCGAGGAAGGACGCGGUGGAGGGGCCGGCCGGGCGUGAGCGGAGGAAAAUGAGUUGGUUCAACGCCUCGCAGCUCUCGACCUUCGCCAAGCAGGCUCUGUCGCAGGCGCAGAAGUCCAUCGACCGAGUGCUGGAUAUCCAAGGCGAGGAGGAGGAAGAGGAGGAGGGCGAGGGGGGCCCUGCCAGAACUGCCCUGUCCCGUGUCGGAGAGGCAGGAAAAAGUUCUCUGGCAAGUGGAAGAUGGGAUACUUCUACUUGGGGGGCCAAUACAAAUGUAGAAACUCAAAGUCAGCCAAUAUCAUCUCCUGCAGCCAUUACCAAACCAGUUCAGAGAACUGUGGUAGAUGAAUCAGAAACUUUCUUUAGUGCCUUUCUCCCACCAACAGGUGUCCAGAGCAUACAGCAAAGCCCAGUGGUAUCUAAGCCACCUGCCAAAUCGCAGCAUCCCAAAGAAGAAAUAAAAAGCACACUGGAGGAACCUCGGCAUGCUGACCUGCCAGAAACAGAAACAAAAGACUUUUCUAUAGAAUUGAAAAGCUUUAAUAAUGGUCAGGAAAACUUAGAAGAAAAUAAUUCAGUACUUAAUAUCAGCAUCAAGUAUGAUGGAAACAAUAGUAAAAACACUAAUCAAGAAGCAUCUUCUCAGAAUCUCACAGUAGCAGAAUCCCCUUCUGUUGUGAAGUCAGAUUCAAGGAAUGAUAAAUCUGGGCAUGUGAAUGAUAUCUCUACACAAGCUCUGCCAGCAGAGAUAAAAAAUUUGGGUUUGGAUACUAAAGAGCGAAAAAGUGAGGACAGACAAAGCAAUACCCCUUCACCUCCAAUUAGCACUUUCUCCUCAGGGACAUCUACAACUAGUGAUAUUGAAGUUUUGGAUCAUGAAAGUGUUAUAAGUGAGAGCUCAGUUAGUUCAAGGCAAGAGGCAUCCGAUUCAAAAGCCAGUCUCCAUCUGAUGCAAACUUCCUUUCAGCUUCUGACAGCAUCUGGUUGUACAGAAUAUAAUCGUUUAGAAGACUUUCACAAAUUGACAGAGAGUUGCUGUUCCUCUGAUGCUUUUGAAAGAAUAGACUCCUUUAGUGUACAGUCUUUAGAUAGUCGUAGCAUAAGUGAAAUAAACUCAGAUGAUGAAUUGUCAGGUAGGGGGUGUGCAUCAACUUCCAUUGCUAUCAACUCUCCAACUUUAAAAAGUGAUGAGACUGAACCUAUAAAAAGUAUGUCUGAUGAAAUCCUAAAUGAAAAUCUUGUACUACCCAUGGAAGAACUGGAAAUGGAAGAGAGUGGGCGAAGUGCAACCCCUGUUAAUUCUGAACAGCCUGAUAUCUUGGCUGUUUCAGUGCAGACUGAUGAAGAGCAGAGCCUAAAGGAAGGGAAAGUGGUACUUCAGCUCUCAAAUGAGAAAUUAUCCACUGUACAAUGUGAAAAACAAGAGCUUUGCAAGAUUAUUGAUUCACUGACGGAAAAACUAGAGGUGAGGGAAGCACGCCUACUAAAUGUUAGUAAAGAAAAAGCACACUUAGAAGAAACCUGUGAUAACCUUAAAGAUGAAAUCUUCAAAAUGAAAGAAGAGAAUAGUAGCAUUACAUCUCUGAAGGAAGAAUUUGCUCAACGAAUAGCAGAUGCAGAAAAAAAAGUUCAGUUAGCAUGCAAAGAAAGAGAUACAGCUAAAAAGGAAAUAAAGCUUCUCAAAGAAGAUCUAGCAACUAGGUUGAACAGCAAUGAAACAGCAGAAUUACUAAAGGAGAAAGAUGAACAAAUUAAAGGAUUACUGGAGGAGGGAGAAAAGCUUUCAAAACAGCAGUUACAAAAUUCUAACAUCAUUAAGAAAUUAAGAGCCAAGGAGAAGGAAAGAGAAAAUACUAAUACAAAGCAGAGUAAGAAAAUUAAGGAAUUUGAAGAAGAGUUGCAGCAUCUGAAACAGGUAUUGGAUGGCAAAGAAGAAAUCGAAAAACAACAUAGAGAGAACAUUAAGCAGCUAAAUAGCGUUGUUGAAUGCCAAGUGAAGGACCUUACACAACUUCAGGUGGACCUUGAAGAUCUUGAAGAAAGAAACAGAAGUUUGCAGGCAGCUCUUGAUAAUGCAUACAAAGAACUUGCAGAUCUUCACAAAGCUAAUGCUGCAAAAGACUGUGAAGCACAAGAAGCAGCAUUAAGUCAUGAAAUGAAAGUUAAGGAGGAACUGGGUUUAAUUCUGGAAAAGGCCCAGGAGGAGGCUCAUCAACAACAAGAAGCUUUAGCAAUUCAGGUGGCAGACCUGAGAAUUGCACUACAACGUGCAGAACAACAAGCAGCUAGAAAGGAGGAUUAUUUACGCCAGGAAAUUAGUGAUCUUCAGCAAAGACUUCAAGAAGGUGAGACUCGCAACCAAGAACUCAGUCAAAGUGUUACAUCCGCUACUAGACCUUUGCUCCGGCAGAUAGAAAACUUGCAAGCUACCCUGGGAGCACAGACCUUGUCAUGGGAAAAACUGGAGAAAAAUCUUUCUGAAAGGCUUGGAGAAUCUCAAGCUGCCUUGGCAGCACAGACUGAAAGAGAACGUGCUGCUACAGAAGAACUUCUUUCCAACAAAAUCCAACUUUCUUCCAUUGAAUCACAAAAUAGUCUCCUGAGGCAAGAAAACAGUCGCCUUCAAGCUCAACUUGAAGCAGAAAAAUCCAGGCUUAAGAAACUAGAAAAUGAAAACAAUCGAUAUGAAGUUGAGCUAGAAAAUCUUAAAGAAGAAUAUGUAAAAGUUGUUGAAGGGGCAAAGAAAGAAAAGAUGUUGUUAUCUACUCAGUUAGAAAUGGAAAAAAUGAAAGUUGAACAAGAAAAAAAGAAAGCAAUAUUUGUCCAAGAAUCUGCAAGAGAAAAGGAGCGUAAAUUAUACAUUUCAUCAACUGUGGAAACUGUGUCAAGCACCCCUACUCUCUCACGCUCAAGCUCCAUAAGUGGAGUGGAUAUGGCAGGUCUCCAAACAUCUUUCAUAUGUCAGGAUGACCCAUAUGAUAAUUCCUUUGGUUCAGUGUCUACGAGUGGGACCAAUCUGUAUGACGUAAUGAGAAUGGGAGCAGGUUCAAGUAUUAUAGAAAAUCUCCAAUCGCAAUUAAAAUUACGGGAUGGAGAGAUUUCUCAUCUCCAGUUGGAAAUUGGAAACCUUGAAAGAACUCGAUCAGUAAUGGCUGAAGAGCUGGUGAAAUUAACAAAUCAAAAUGAUGAUUUAGAAGAAAAAGUUAAGGAGAUUCCCAAGUUACGUGCACAAUUAAGGGAUUUGGAUCAGAGAUACAAUACAAUUCUGCAGAUGUAUGGAGAGAAAGCAGAAGAAGCAGAAGAAUUAAGGUUGGAUCUUGAAGAUGUAAAAAAUAUGUAUAAGACUCAGAUCGAUGAACUUCUGAAGCAAAGGCAUAGCUAAUUAUUGUUCAGGUUUUGAUCUGAAAACAAUGUUGCAUUAAACUGUAGAGAUGUUUCUGUAAAUGCAGUGAAUUUGUAAAAAAAUUGUAUUAUAAAGUAAUUAUAAUGUUGAGUUCAUACGUUGGCAGGAAUCAUUGUGCUUUUAUGAUGACUGGCUGUCAGCAAUUAAAUUAUUUGUUAAUAUUUAAAAUCUUUUAUCUUCAGCUUAACAUCAGUUUACUCUCUUGUCUCUAAUAGAUUUACUUGUACAGUAAUGACUUUAAUAGUGGAAACAUAUGAUUGAAACCCUCACAUUGAUUGUGUUGUGCUGUGUCCCUAUGCCAGCAGAAUGGAUACUGCUGGCAUUUGGGAUUCUUUCACCUCUGCAGUACUUGCAUUGAUUCCAGAUCUGCUCCCAAGAGCUUGGGAAUCUCUGGAGAAAAUACAAAAAUUGCAGAAGUGGAAGGCAAGGGAAAGUUCUAUUGUGCAAAAGAAACCUAUUCAUAUGACAUUGAUUUUCAAAGAUGUAUCUGAAAAUUUGCACUGACAUGAAUUAAAAUCCUAAUGGUUAUCUGUUCCUAUCUAAAUGAAUAUUUAAAGGAAAAUAUUGUGUUUUUUUAACUAUAUUAAUAGGAAUGGCUUGAUUUGCUAUAGGCAAUAAAAAAGGUGGGAUAUCUGUAUACUGUUGGUGUCCUACUCAUAUGAUAUAGUAUUCUGUCUCUACAAAGCGAGCAACACAGAGCAACAAUGCUUACAUUUUAAAAGCAACCAGACACCUUCCACUUGAUACAGUUUGGUGUAUUUUUAAAUGUUUUAACUAUACUUUUUCAGCAUAAUGUAGAGAGAUGGAUUACCUAACAUUUAUUGGUUUAAAGAAUUGUGAAAGGCAGUGCAGGGGCAAGUUUGUUACAAAGUUCACACUCAGAUAGUUCUUUUUUUGUCAUGGCCUAAUUCAAUUUGUGUUAAUGCAUUAAUACUUCAAAAGUGAGUAAAUUUGUUCCAGAUGUUUCAAAUGAGAUCCAGUGGUUUGAAAACUACUCUUUAAGAAAAUAUUUGUCAGAAUAUAAAUAAUAGUACUGUAUCUGAAAUUGUCUUUCUAGCUUCUUAAUUUAAGUGAGGCAGAAGAAUCACCAGUAUAUCACUAAUAUUCAUAAGGUGUUCAGAAUAUUACUCUAUUGUCAUCUUAUUGUGGUUUGUUGUUUUUACAUGAUUAUAAGGAAUUUUUCUAUAAAAUUAAUUUUAUCCUAUUGAGAUAUUUGACUUGAUAAAUCUUUUAAGGUUUUUAAAAAAUGUUCCUAAAAAGUAAAAAACUAUUUGAUAGGUUUAACAAAAUUUUACUUGCAGGCAAAUAUACAGAUAAAAAUCACUCUCUUAUAAUAUGGAUAGGUAACUUACUUCCUAGCCAGUUAAUAGCGAAUUAUCUUAUCCUAGUAAGAUUUGCUUUCCUUGGGCUAACUCUCCACAACACUUUCACUUAGCUUAAACAACCUGGUAACUAACUUAUAUCAAUAAUUGUCAUACUCAGAAGAAGUACAUGAUAAUACCCUUCUGCGACUAUACUGUUUCUGAAUAGUAGAAGAAAGUGUCAUAUUAUGGAGUCCUGCUGUACUCUGAGGAAAAUCAGUGUGAUGCUGUAUGCAGAAAGCCUGUAGCAUAGAUAUUGAGGAUUCUCAUUUCUGUGUUUUGGGUUUCUAAAUUUAGGAAUCAUUUAGUUAAGCAAUCACCCAUCUAUAUUUUGAAGUGCUUCAUUUUCAGGAAGUAAACUGAAUUACUCAAGAAAAUAACAAAUGCUUAUAUUUUAUAAUAUACAGGCAUUUUCCUGACUAUAUUAAACUGCAAUGUACUCUAAUGAGAAAAUCUACUGACUCAAAAAUGACUUGUUAGCAAUUCAGUAAUUCUGAAAUAAAAGUGGGCAAUGGUUGCUGAUGAUAUAAUUUACCUUUAUAAUAUGUGACUAAUCUCCAAGAUGGUGCAUUCAUAAAUACAGAAUAACAUGCAUAUUGGAGUAUAGCUAAAGAUUCAAUGUAUGACUUAAUUUUAAUUCUACAUUUUAUUUUAAUUACAUUAAUUUAGAGAAAAUAUUCUUCAGUUUUGAGAAGAGGAACACAAUCUGCUGUUAGGAUAUCUGUGUUUGCCUUAAGAACAAAAUCCUUGAAGUGUUUUUAACCUAACCCUUGAAUAAUUUGUCCUUUUAGAUCAUUAUGAUCACAUGUGGCCUAUUCAUAACCAUUGGUUAAACUUAGACCUAAAAUGCAGGCAAUCUGCAAUAAAGUUUUGGCUGUUUGAUAUCCUAUUUCCUUUGCAUUCCUUCAUCAAUUUACUAAAUUCAGUCAAGAAAUGUCAUGUCUAUGAAAUUUAAUCUGUCUUUACUUUUAAAAUAAUUAAAAUUAAAAAAAAUUAUUUCAGGACUGUUUAGCUUUUAUUCUGCAAACAGUUUGAACACUUUCAUGUAUUCUUCCCCCAUGAAUCUGUUCUGAAGUUUUUGCAUGUCAGUAGAUACAUGAUUGUUUUGAUAUGUGCAAGGGCAUGAGUAUGUUAACUUUAUAAUCCGGGGAGUGAUCAUCUUUAUAAUAUUAACAUAAAAAAUGAUUGCAAGAAGCAAGGAUUCCUAACUGAAUGCAAAUACUAUUGCUUUUAUUCUUUUUUUCUUUUAGAAAUGAACAGGUAUACAUCUGAUUGAGAGGGACAGAAAUUAAGAUUUGAAAAACAAAGCUAUUACUAAGAAAUAUAUAGCUUGGGGUAUGUAAUAAAAUACUUCUGAAAUAGGCAUUUGGGCUUCUCAGUACAUUUGAGUGGGACAAAUAAUCAGGCCAGGUCCUACUUCAUAUCUAGUAGGAAUAUUAUUUGAUCUUUAAUUAAUAAUCUAAUUAAUUACAGCAGUAUAUUUUUAGUUGUUUAAAUCUUCAUUGUGGCUGUGGUAACAUGGUUUGCCUUUUAGCUGUCUAAGAAAAUCUAACAUUUUAUAAUGUAUUCUAAACUAGUUUAAAUAAGGUGCUUACAUUAAUAUGAUACAGUAAACACUGUUAAUGUUAUGCAAAUAAUAGUUUAAAUCUU